CUGCAAGGUGACGAAUUGCGGUUAGGUCAAGGGAUAAGCCGCGGCUUACAGUCCGGUAGCUCCGAGUGAUACUUCGACAUCUCUAUAAAUACUGACUGCUCAGAUUAAAUAAACGCAUUAAUUUCAAUACCUUGAUCAAGAACAGAAAUGAUGGCGACUUCGACUUUUGGACCUCGUCUGGCUGGUAAAGUCUGCAUCGUGACAGGCUCUUCAUCUGGCUUGGGCCGUGCAAUCGCAUUGGCUUACUCUCAUGAGGGGGCGCAUCUCGUCUGCGCUGAUCUCCAACCGGCUGCACGCGCGAGUGUGAACGGAGAGGAGGAGGUCAACACGGAUGAACUGAUCAGAUCAAAUGGCGGCCAGGCUAUAUUCGUUGAGACAGAUGUUACCAAAACCGCUGCCGUGGAACAACUGGUAGCUAGAGCUGUCAUCCAGUUUGGCCGCAUUGACGUACUGGUCAACAAUGCUGGUAUUUCUGUUGAGGCAGGCAAAGAACCUCGUCGGGUUCACGAGACUCCGGAAGAUUGGUGGGAUUUGACCAUUGCUGUCAACCUCAAAUCCAUCUUUCUGGUCAGCAAGUAUGUCAUUGCUCAGAUGCUGAAGCAAGACAAGUCUGAGACAGGUGAUCGAGGCUGGAUCAUCAACAUGUCUUCCAUUUUUGGCCUCGUAGGAGGGUACACGAAUGCUGCGUAUGCUGCUUCGAAAGGUGGUGUAACAAACUUGACACGUACCAUCGCCCUGGAUUACGCGAGAGAUGGGAUUCACUGCAAUGCCAUCUGCCCAGGCUUUACUGAGACAGCUAUUUUUGCGGACACCAUCAAGACUCGAGAUAGGGACCUCAUCCGAUCAAGGCAUCCUCUUCACGGAACUGGAUCACCUCAAGAUCUUGUUGGUGCUGCGAUCUUCCUUGCUAGCCAGGAGGCGCGAUGGGUUACUGGAGUGAACCUCCCCGUGGAUGGUGGCUAUACAGCACAGUAGUGACUCGAUACAAGACAUCAUGCUCGAGUGAGCAUUCACAUCUAAUCGGCAGUCAUAAACCUCCCAAUUUAUAUGUAUUC